AUGGCUCCUAGCUAUUUUAUGAAACCGGAGACGGCCCAUGCCAAGGCAUUAGAUUUGAUAAAUGUCGGUAAAAAGGGGAGCGCUCUCGAUGUCCUUUUUGAGAUGCUGCUAUAUCGCCGGGCACGGAGCUGGCAAAAGUCCCUCGAGGCUCCGAUGUUCCUUUUUGUCGAUCUUUGCGUAGAACUGAAACGAAAUCAACAAUUCAAGAGGAUUGCUCACCAUUAUCGAAACAUUUCCAUACAAGAGUGCCCCCAAUCGCUGGAUGACGUUCUUAAGCACUACUUUUCUCUCAUUAAAGAAAAAACGGAGGAGGCUCGAAAGCAGUCUGAAGAUGCUGUACCAGAUGUUGAAGACUUGGAUAUACUCGAGACGCCAGAAAGCCUAAUGUUGAAUGCGGUAAAUACGGAGAACGCUCAAGGGCGGUCGGGUCAUACGAUUCUGAUGCCAUGGUUGAAAUUCUUGUGGGAGGCUUAUCGUAUUUGCCUUGAUUUAGUUCGUAAUAACAUCAAGUAUGAGCAUGUGUAUCAUCGCAUUGCAAGAGAUGCCUUCGAUUUUUGUGUCGAAUAUCGUCGCCAAGCUGAAUUCAGGAAGCUUGGAGAAAUGGUGCGUCUACACACUACCAGAAUCCAAAAUCAGCCGGCUGCUCCGAACGGGAUAAACCUGACUAAUUCGGAAACACAAAUCUGGCACUUUGAGACGCGUCUUCGCCAGCUUGAUUGUGCAAUGGAGCUGGAGAUGUAUAAUGAAGCCUUCAGGGUUGUUGAGGACAUUUGGGGACUGGUGCUGCUAUCUAAAAAAAUCGACCGUCCUGCCCUCAUGGCAGAUUACUACUCGAAGACGGCAGAGCUUUUUCUGCGGUCUGGCUACUACCUCUUUCAUGCUGCAGCUCUUUACAAGCGCCUCGCACUCUAUCGGGAGCAUAAAAAAGCUCCUUCUGUUGAGGAGCUUUCCGCUCUCGGCUCCAAGGCUCUAUGCGCGGCUCUCUCUGUGCCAUUGCCCCACGCCCGUGCUCAAUUCUCAAUUUUCUCUGGCGAGUACAAUCAAGCUAAGCAAAAAGCUCUCGCCAGUCUUUUGGGCCUCUCCACGGUUCCAACGAGAGCUUCUCUGCUUGCUGACUUGUCUACGGGUCGGGUGCAGACUAUUGUCCCCCCAGAACUGGUCACGCUGUACCACGCUCUCGAGGUUGACUUCCAGCCACUGAAGCUGGUGCAACGUGUUCAGCCAGCAUUGGAGCGUAUUGCGGAGGAUUCGACGCUGAACGCCUACCUAGAGCCCCUGCAUGAGGUGGUUGUCUCCAAAACAUUGCUUCAACUUUCACAAGUCUAUCGCUCAUUGCGUUUUGACGAGCUUGUCCGCCUUUGUCCUUUUUACGAUCCCCUCACCUUGGAACGGUGUGUGAUUGAACUCAUCUACAAUCUGGAGCUGCCGAUGCGUGUUGAUCACCGUCGUCAUGCUAUAAUAUUUGAUGUUUACAUUGAUCUAGGCAUCAGUCAGCGGGACUAUUCACAAACCAUGCAGUCGACUCAGACCGGUGGUGAUCAAGUGUCACGCCAACUAACUCUGUUCGCACAGUCUCUGCAUCAAGUCGCAGAGCUUCUUAACGUGAACGAAUCUGAUAGCCAAGCGCGCGACAUCUUCGUCAAGGAGUACAUGAAGACCGCUGAACAACAUCACCAUGAACUCUUAUCACGUCGUGAGCACAUCGAGGAUCGCAAAGAACAGCUUGAACAGAUUCAAGAAGAGCGCGCUAGGAUGAUAGAAGAGGAGGAGGAACGUCUGGACAAGGAGAAGCGGGCGAUACGUGAGCAGGAGGAAGCGACUUUGAAGGUAGAAGCCGAGGAACGCACAAAGCGUCACCUUGAGGAACAGAUGCAGCGGCGCAAGCUGAAAAUUGAUCGUGAGCGAUUGCGAACCUAUAUCAACUCCGCGGCCGCGCAUAACCUCUCUACUGCCGUCAUGCCUGAAAUCACCGAGGCGGAUUUGGAACAAUGCAGCUUAGAGCUACUGGUAGAGAAACUCCACGGUGAUAUGUACAGGCGUCGCACGGAGCUCCUCGAUCGUGCUAAUGCACGAGCUCGCAAGUUGGAUCACUUUGUUCGUGCUUGCAGAUUGCAGGAGAUUCCCCUUUUGAAGGAAGCUGCUGCUGCAGAAGCUAAGGAGCGCUUUGAGAUCUUUCAGAAGGCACAACAGGAGGCCGAGGAGGCCUCGAAACGCGAGCACGAAGAAACGCUCAAGAAUAAUGACCGCCUCAGUAGAAUGCGAGGCGACAUCGCUAACUUGGAGAAGUCGCUCAGGUCAUUGGAGCAGUCAAAGUACAAAGCAAAGCACGCGGAGUGGGAGGCACUUCGGACGCGAGUGCGAGAGGAGAGACUGGCGGAACGAAGGGCCGCCGAAGAGGCCGCCCGGAAGCUGGAACAGGAGCGGCUCGAGGCUGAGGCAAGGGCACAGGCCGAAGCGAAGCGGCUUGAGGCUGAACGUGAGGCUGCUGAGCGUCGUCGUCAAGAGGAGAUCGCAGCGGCUUUAGCCGAGAAACGACGGGAGGAGGAGAGGCUGGAACGGGAAAAACAGAAUCAGCAGCAGCAACAACAGCAACAACCAGCAGUACAGGAAUCAACUUGGCGAAGAAAAACUGUUGUCCUGAAGGACGCCGAGCCGUCCGCACGCGCACCUGCACCCACUGCUGGUGCAUGGCGUUCUGCGCGAAAACCGCAACCGGUGCCAACCGCGGCGUCCUUCGAGCAGUCCCGUCCACGUUUUUCCCAGGCUCCACCAUCCAAUAAUUAUGGGCGCUAUCAGGAUCCCAGAGGCUUCCGCCCGCGCACUGAAAUGGACAACAAUCAAGCACCCAAGGAUCUAUGGACUCGUAGAACCGUGGUCCUUCCCACUGAGUCGUGUCGUGAGUUGUUUGUUGGAGCCCAGCAGUGGGCCGCUUAG